UCCCCUACUUUCUAACAGUAGGUCUGCAGUGUGUUUAAAUUGUCUCCGCCUAUGUGCGUAAUAGUGAAGUCGAGGAGAGCGCACAAUGCGACUUCACUUCAGACAGACGACCCUGCACACAGUAUUCUAUUUGCGCGUACUGAGUUGACUGCUGGAAGAAACGACGAUCACACGAUCCCGUUCGCACUCGUUCCAAACAGCACAGCGAUUUCUGGACAAAAUCUUAUUUUGCAAAGGCAGGUGCCAAACGUGCUGAGGACGGAGGACUCAACUGCGCAGAACGCUGUUCUUCGGCUCCAAUCACGUAACCGGAUAAUAUUGCUUAACUGUUUUUUAAAGAGCGGGCCAAUUUGAAUGACACGUAUUAAUUGUUUAUGGAUGAACUAGUAAGAACACGUAAAGAAUUAAGGAUGAACUUCGGAACAGUGGUCGUCAUUGCUGGAUUCUCCGGGGUAUUCAGCUUCGGUUUCCUGGCUGCAGCUAUCGGCAGCGAUUAUUGGUACAUCAUAAAGGUGAACCAAGAGAAUAUCACUAACUCUGAGGACCUGGAUUCUCACUCUGGGCUAUGGAGAAUAAAUGAAGGUAAAAAUUCCAGUUCCCAUUUCAUCCACCCUUUCACCGAGGACACCUCCAGCUACUCGGAGCCUGAAAGGCAUCUACUCAGUAUGCACAAGGUGAUCGUCAUCCUGCUGCCGCUCAGCCUGGUGCUGCUGGUGUUCGGGGGGAUCUGCGGCCUCGUCAGCUCCCUGGCCCACAACCGCAGGAUGCUCAUCACCUCCGCCUCCUACUUCCUCUUCUGCAGUCUCUUCACCCUAUCCGGCGUGAGCCUCUACAUCAGCUACUCCCAGCAGGCCUGGCAGGAGAUGGAGAGGCAGCUGGGGGCGGAGCUGCUGGCCCCCGUGCAGGUGUCCUUCGGCUGGUCCCUGGGUCUGGCCUGGCUCUCCUACGGCCUGGAGGUGGCCGCCGGACUCCUGCUGCUGCUGGCGGCCCGCAUGACCCAUCCGCAGCUCAACGAGUUCACCACCACCAUGGCCAUGGCCUAGAGCCAGCACCUGAGCCAGGACCAGAGCCAGGACCACAGCCGCCUGACUCCGCCUCCUGGAGCUUUACUGCCCUAUCACGGGCUACAAGGUCUCCUCAAUAAUGGAGAUUAUCUGACCUCAUCCCCCCCCCUUCUGUCCAUCUCUCUCUCUCUCUCUCUCUCUCUCUCUCUUUCACCUUUUCACUCUCUCUCUUUCUCUCUCUCGUUCCACAAAAACAUGUCUUUGAGGGAUGAGACCAAAUAUUCAGUGGCCAUGUAAGAUAAUAAUUUAUUGUGUACAUGAAUACCAGAAUGUAUCAUGAAUGACGAAAUGAAGGUUAGAUUUUUUGUUUCUUUUUUCCAUAUUGGUGAAGAAGAGCCUAAGAACCCAGUAUAAAAAAGGCAGGUGUUAUUAAUUUACCUGCCAACAGUGUGGACAAAUGCAGACAUCUGUGUGUGUGUGUGUGUGUGUGUGUGAGAGAGUGAAUGCAGGCCUCUGUGUAUGUGUAAGUGAGUGAAUGCAGAUCUGCGUACAUGUGAGUAAGUGAAUAUAAAUCUGUGUGUGUGUGUGUGUGGGCACGUGCAGAUCCCUAUGUAUGUAAUAAAUUCAGCUAUCUGUUGU